AUGAGCAUGGCUAAAGUUGUUACCAUUUUUUUGCUCGUUGAACUAGUUUUCAUCGGAGCCUCAGAACUCAAGGAAACAGAUCUUUUGGAGAAAUAUAAGCGACUAAGCCACCUACGUCCCCUGGGAGUGGAAUUCGCUGAACACUUUCGACAUGUUUUCAUCGAGGAUUUGUCUUUGGAUUCUAAAACAGGAUUGCCGAGACAAGAGGAACUAUUAUGCAUGGCAGAUAUGGCACUGCUUAUAAAGAGCUUAGCAGAUGGAAACUAUUGGGCCCUAAAGAUGAUCGAUGCUUGGGGUUCCAUUCCCUCGGGGCUGCUUUAUGGAAAUUUUUACGAUUUGGGAAAUUAUGAUGAGUGUCUCAAGAUCAGUCAGCAGAUCACAAGCGAUCAUAGGAUUCAAGGAAAGUACUGCUUUCUCUCAGCAUCCUUUGCUGAACUUCUCGGUAUUGCGGCCUUAAAGGCAAAACCAGUAAAUAUAGCCAUUUGCUUUCCGGCCUCGUGUUCACCUGCUCAAAUGGAAGGAUUUGUAGGACAGUUUCUUCAGGGAGUGCUGGGCUCGAAUAGUUCCACCAGUUUAAGUAUCAGUGAAGCUACUUGCCAGACAAUAGACGCCAAACCUUGGGAUGGCUUGACCAUAUUCACUGUAGUGGUCUUAUCUAUAAUGGCUUCCAUCGUGGCCUUCUUCACUCUAUAUGACUACUUUUUGGGUAAAGAAGAUGAACCAUCAGCACUGGUAAAAGCUUUUUCUGCUAGAGCCAACUCUCGAGUUCUUUUUCGCUGUGUGGAUGGUAAAUCUAAUCCAAAUGUAAUAGAUUGUCUUCACGGCAUCCGAUGCAUGUCCAUUAUUUGGGUAGUCUAUUCCCAUGUCAACUUGUAUUUUAUCACCAUGCCCAAUAUGAACCUCGCAGAUUUGAUUCCGUGGGCUGAAAAACCCUUUUCCAAUGUUGUCCUACACGGUGUAUUCUCUGUGGAUUCCUUUUUCUUCCUCGGGGGUUUGUUAGUAGCAAUGAUUGCUCUGCGUUCGAUGGAUAAAUCCAAUGGAAAAUUAAAUGCACCACUUAUGUAUCUGCAUCGCUUGAUAAGAAUCCUACCAGUUUUGGCCAUGGCCAUUCUUAUCUACAUGAAGGUCAUGCCACUUGUUUCUGGUGGCCCCCUGUUUUACAGUGGAUUCCAAGGAAAAGAGGCUUGUGAAAAAGGCUGGUUUUGGACCUUGUUGUUCAUUCAAAACUAUGCAACAACGGAUAUAUGCCUUAGUCAUACUUGGUACUUGGCAGUGGACAUGCAGCUGUAUAUCAUUUCCCCGAUUCUACUGAUCGGUCUUUACAAAUGGGGAAACAAGGCAGCUGCCCUAGUGGUUAUACUUAUUCUUUUGCUUUCUGGUUGUCUUUUUGCCACGAUGAUGAUCAACAAUUUCUCCUUUUUGAUCAAGAAUACGAGUGGCGGAGAUAUGGCCAAUCACAAGCUGUAUCAGGCAACACAUAGACAUGCAGCUCCUUGGUUGAUUGGAUUUCUAUUUGGAUACUUCUUACAUCUGAAUAGAGGUAGAAAGUUCCAUCUGAGUUGGUUGGCAGUAUAUACUGGAUGGACCAUUAGCCUAGCCUUACUUGGAACAUCGCUUUUCGCUCUCUACCCGGCAUCCAAGUGGAGUGCUCCUGCAUUGUCCACUCUGGAGGAAUCCCUCUAUUACACCCUUACUCGACUGGCCUGGCCCAUUUCCCUAUGCUGGAUAGUGUUUGCCUGUAUGCAGGGUUACGGAGGCCUUGCCAAUAGCUUCUUAUCAUCCCCACUGUGGCAACCACUUUCAAGGCUCUCAUACUCCGUUUAUAUAUGGCAUAUGUUCAUCGUGGAGGUGAAUUGCAAAAACGUUAGAACCAGUACAUAUUUCUCAAACUACACUGCGAUGCAAAAGUUCUGGUCAGACUUUGGCUUUACCGUUCUGUUCUCUUACGUGUUUUACCUCAUUAUUGAAGCACCUUUGGGAGGAUUUGACGGUCUACUAAAACCGAAAAGAAAGUCUGCUGAGGAUAUGCCUAGUCCUUCUUCUAAUAUAGUACCCGCCGAAACUCAGUCUAAUUUAAAAUCAGGGCUGAUUUUGGGACCACUAAAUCCGACUAAUUAG